GAGAACUUCUUGUUGUUUAACACUGAUCGGCGAAGACUCCUCCAGACCCUCAGAGUGAGGUGAGGGGAAGCAAUGGACUCUGUCAUCCGUCUGAUCCUUCUGUGCCUCCCCGUCGGGACUACGACAAGCUUAAUCCUGAGGAAAGCCACACGACAUGAGGAAUGAAAGUAUAAUCAAAGUGAUAAUCAGGCCAGCCAUGAUCUUAUUGAAGUCACUGUUACGAUGCUCCAAUGGUGCAGAAGGUCAACUUUUAACGUGGUGGAUGUGCUGCUGAUCCUUAUUUGUCUUGAACUGUGUUGAGUUUUUUGAGUGUUGUGAUAGCUGCACUCAUCCAGGCAAGUGGGGAGUAUUUCACAACACUCCUGAUUUGUGCUUUGCACAUAGUGGACAGGAUUCAGGGGUUCAGGAGUGAUGAUAAUUGGAAAUGAUUUCAGUGUGAACCAGACUGAGUGCCUGGAGGGUGUGGUCGGGAAAUCGAUCGAUAUCCCCUGUUCAUUCACUUACCCAGAAACAUACAAACCCAGAAAGAUUAACAUUCACUGGAGAAGAAAUGAUCGUUUUGGAGAAUUUAUAUUCAACCUCUCACGGAGUUACAUUCACCCUCAUUACCGAGGCCGGAUUGAUUUCCUGGGAGAUCCAAUUUGGAAAAACACCGGAACCAUCCGGAUAAGCCACAUAAAACAAAGUGACCAGAACCUUUAUUUCUGUCUCGUGGAGGGAAAAGGGAAUUACACCAGUGGAUGGCAAAGCAACACUGGGACACUCCUCAUUGUACGAGGACAGGGACCCACACCCUCACCAGCCCCGUUAACACCCUCAGUGACUGCAGCAACAUCAGCGCGCACUGGGGAAGAUGAAGACGAACUGGGUCAGGGUGUAAUCCUGAUCAUCCGGUGCGCUCUCGCUCUGGGAAUGCUGGCGAUUGUCUGGCUGAUCGGAAUUUAUCUGAUGAAGAGCAGAGAAGUUACGAUUCACCCGAUCGAAGGUUCUGGGAACAGACCAAACGAGAGACGAGUGGAUCAAACUGAAAUAACCAGUCGGAAUCUGUGACUGAGAGCCAUACAUACCUGAUGUGCUGGGCCCUGCAAUUUUGCCGGAUCACUCAUUAUCAUACAACGGAGCCACAUCCUUAGCAGACCACACUUUUCUGAACUAAUUAUAACCUCCUUUUGAAGCAGACGCUGGUGAAGACUUGCUUUAGUGCAGAAUUGAAAACAACAGGGUCAAAAUCCAGGAAAUCCCUCCUGAGCAGCACGGUGGGUGCAUCUACACAGUGUACUGCGGCAGCUCAAGAAGACAGCACAUCAGCACCUUCUCAAGGGCAACUAGGGAUGGGCAAUAAAUGCUGGCGCAGCCAGUGAAGCUCACAUCCCAGAGAUGAAUAAAAUAGAUUUUAUUCAAUAUAAUUGAAUCAUAGAAGGGAUGUAAUUGGAUUCUAUUUUAACAGGUAUCUCACACGGUAGAAAAAUCAAACGACCCCUGAGCAGCAUAUGUGGGAUGAUUGAACAACAUGGGUCAGUGAGAAGAAUAGGAGCCCUCUGGUGUCUCUGUGCAGCACAAUUUUUAAGGGGCCUCAGGGCAAAUACUAACUGGUUCACAACUGUCCCUGUGUUUUCUUAAUCAGCAAGUCUGAAGACACUGCUCUUUGCUGCUUCUCUCUGCAAUAAAUUUUCAAUAUUUACUAUGCAACACAACUUUAUCACAUAUUUCAACAGCUCAAAAACUCAUGACAGCACCAAGAUAAUGUGGGCUACUGGGUAAGUAGACAAAUGGACAAAAUUAAAUCAAUGGGAAAGCCUCUUGAGAAUCAUGUGCAGUGAAACAGGUUACUGAUUCACUCUGAGACCAUUACACACUCCUGUCCUGGCAAUCUCACCCCACACAGCCUACUCAGUAAACCUCCAUUUGCAACUAAAUCAACAGAACUCCAGCCAUGAUUCCACCCUCCGUUCACAACAUGAUUAUGGAUAACAGAAGCCCUCUAGCACAGCUCAUUUCAUCCGUCCGAAUGACGUAUAAAUGUAUGUAUUAGGAGCAGGAGUGGGCCAUUCGGCCCCUCGAGCCUGCUCUGCUUACCUUAUGCCAGUGACUAUCACAACUUAAAUGCUUCAUCGGUGCUAAAGCAACUUGAGACAUUGUGAAAGGUGCUACAUAAAUGAAGCUAAUAUCUGUCU